AGGUGAAACCGGCACCCGGGCACUUUCAGCACGUUGUCAAGACGCUGCGGUGAUUCCAACUAUCCCACUGUUUUUAACGCAAAAACACUUUUAAACAACUCACCCAUUGAGAUUCCAGCUGACCAAAGAAAUGGUGAUGGAGAAGCCAAGUGCCCAGCUGGUCGGGCGAGAGUUUGUCCGACAGUACUACACACUCCUGAACCAGGCCCCCGACUACCUGCACAGGUUCUACGGGAAGAACUCGUCCUACGUGCACGGCGGCGUGGACAGCAACGGCAAACCAGUAGAGGCCGUUUAUGGACAAUCUGAGAUCCACAAGAGGGUGAUGGCCCUGAGUUUCCGGGACUGUCACACCAAGAUCCGGCACGUGGACGCCCACGCCACGCUGAACGAGGGCGUGGUGGUGCAGGUGAUGGGAGAGCUGUCCAACAACAUGCAGCCCAUGAGGAAGUUCAUGCAGACCUUCGUCCUGGCUCCCGAGGGAACCGUUCCCAACAAGUUCUACGUCCACAACGACGUGUUCCGGUACCAGGACGAGGUGUUUGGAGACUCCGACUCGGAGCUGCCAGAAGAGUCGGAGGACGAGGUCGAGGAUCUGGAGAGAGUUCCCUCGCCCGACGCGCCCGAGGAAUCUGCCCCGUUCUACGACCCGGCGACCUGCUCGGAGCCCGUGGCCCCCGGGGACGACGAGGAGGCCGCUGCCAGUCCAGAACCAGAACCGGAGGUGGAGAAGGAGGCGGAGCUGGAGCUGGAGGUCCAGGCCGACGCCGUCCCGGAGACGGAAACACACGCGGCCGACGAGCAGACGGAGAAGAGCCCGGCCACCCCCGCCCCCCCGACCACAGAACAGACGUCGGCCCCCGCCGACCCGGCCCCGGCCGCGCCGGAGGAGAACCGGCCCUUCUCCUGGGCGUCGGUCACCAGCAAGAACCUCCCGCCCAGCGGGGCCGUCCCCGUCUCAGGAAUCCCCCCACACGUCGUCAAGAUCACCCCCACAGCACCGCCGAGGCCGGAGGUGAAGUCGGAGACCCAGCCCCCCACACAGAGACCCCAGAGGGACCAGAGACCCCAGAGAGACCAGAGACCCGGGGGGCCCCCCCCAGCACACCGAGGGCCCAGACCAGCCCGAGAGGGUGAGCCCGGCGAGCCUGAGGGCCGGCGGAUGGUCCGGUACCCCGACGCCCACCAGCUGUUUGUGGGGAACGUUCCUCACGACGUGGACAAAACCGAACUCAAGGAAUUCUUCGAGCAGUACGGGACGGUGCUGGAGCUGCGGAUCAACAGCGGAGGAAAACUGCCCAACUUCGGCUUCGUGGUGUUUGACGACUCUGAACCGGUGCAGAAGAUCCUCAGCAACAAGCCCAUCAAGUUCCGCGGCGACGUGCGUCUGAACGUGGAGGAGAAGAAGACCCGGUCGGCCCGGGAGGGCGACCGGAGGGACGUGAGGCCCCGCGGGCCCGGCGGGCCCCGUGAGCGCGUGGGGGGCGGCGGAGGCCCCCGGGGGCCCCCCACCCGCGGGGGCCUGGCCCAGAAACCCAGCUUCGGCUCCGUACGGGGCCCCGGGCCCAACGAGGGGCGCUACGCCGCCCCGCGCCAGUGAGCCCGCCCCCCCCGGGCCCCCGGGCCUCAAACCCGAGUUAGAUUACUGUCUGGAUUCAAGUUAACCGAGUGAUAUUGAUAUUGUUGCAACAAGAACCCAUUGGACGAGGCCAAAUUUGAAAGAAACGCCCCCUCGCUCUUCGCUCGGCACGGAGGAGAGAGAACCGGCAGGAACCGCCGGCCCCGGGUCCGGCCGGGUCCAGCCGGGUCUCCACUCGCCCAUCUCCUCCCGGUUCUGUCUCCUCCGUGCUGGACGGGUUUCCCUUAGGAACUGACGCAGGUUUUGGUCGAGAUUCCACCGUCAUCUGUCUCCAUGACAACGGCUGCCCGUCGUCCGUCUCCCAUGACGACGGCUGCCCGUCGUCCGUCUCCCAUGACGACGGCUGCCCCCCCCUCCGUCUCCCAUGACGACGGCUGCCCCCCCUCCAUCGCCCGUCUCCCAUGACGACAACUGCCCCCCCCUCCAUCGUCCGUCUCCCAUGACGACGGCUGCCCCCCCUCCAUCGUCCGUCUCCCAUGACGACGGCUGCCCCCCCUCCAUCGCCCGUCUCCCAUGACGACGGCUGCCCCCCCUCCAUCGUCCGUCUCCCAUGACGACGGCUGCCCCCCCUCCAUCGCCCGUCUCCCAUGACGGCGGCUGCCCCCCCUCCAUCGUCCGUCUCCCAUGACGACGGCUGCCCGUCGUCCGUCUCCCAUGACGACGGCUGCCCCCCCUCCAUCGUCCGUCUCCCAUGACGACGGCUCCUCGGUGUCAGAACAUCCACACAGACGUUUUUAUUCAUUUUUACAUGUAUUAUCUGGAACUUUUGUUUUUAAUGCUGUUUAUCAAAUCGAAACACAAAAACAUCAAAAAGGAUAAAUACUACUUGAAUCGGGGAUUUUAAAACCCACAGGUUAUUUUUUUUUGUUUGUUUUUCCUCUCUUUUUCGCGUUCUCUCUCCCUGUUUCUUAAAGGAACGUGUACUUUACUGCUUGGGCAAUCCUGUGUAUUGCUGCCACCGUUGUAUCUAGUUAUGGAUCUGUCUUAUCUUUUUAUUCUGUCAGGUCAAGAGCUGAAGUGUAGUGGUUUUAUUUGAAUAAUAAAUGUUGGCUUGUAA